AAAAAAAAAAAAAUUAAUUAAAGAAUGGCAUCAAACAAUCAAUUUGUAACAUUCAACAACGGAGAACAAUAUCCAAUCCUUGGAUUUGGCACUUGGAAGUCGAAACCCGGAGAAGUGGAGGAAGCGGUUAAGGUGGCCAUAGACACGGGUUACAGACACUUGGACUGUGCCAUGUUCUACGGUAACGAAAAGGAAAUUGGAGACGCUAUAAAUCAGAAAAUCGACGAAGGCGUUGUGAGCCGCCAAGACCUGUACAUCACUAGUAAACUAUGGAAUAUCUUUCAUCAGCCCGACAUCGUGGAAACCGUGUUGAACAAAACUCUGACCGACUUACAGAUUAGCUACUUGGACUUGUACUUGGUCCAUUGGCCGAUGGCGUUUAAAGAAGGAGGAUUGGACGAUGACUUCAUUCCGAAAGACGACGAUGGGGUUACGAUUGAGGGCGAGGGUUCGUACAUAGAAACGUGGCAAGCGAUGGAGCAGCUAGUUGAAAACGGUUUGGUCAAGUCGAUCGGCGUGUCCAACUUUAACAAGAGACAAAUCGAAGACAUAUUGAACAUAGCUACGGUGAAACCGGUCAAUGUUCAAGUGGAGUGUCAUCCGUACUUGAACCAAAGCAAGUUAAAAGAGUUCUGCGACGAAAACGACAUCGUCCUGACUGCGUACAGCCCGUUGGGAUCACCGGACAACCCCUGCAGAAAACCCGAAGACCCGUCGCUGUUGGAGAAUCCGACAAUUUUAGACAUUGCCGGCAAACAUGGCAAAAGCGCAGCGCACGUUUUAAUAAGAUACCAGAUCCAAAGGGGAGUAAUGGUCAUCCCAAAGUCGGUGAACAAACACCGCAUAGAGUCUAACUUCUACGUGUGGGACUUCGAGCUCGACCAAGAAGACAUGGACCAAAUCGACGGACUCGACUGCAACUGUCGGUACAUACAAAUGAAAGAGAUUGAACAUUUCAAGGAUUACCCCUUCAUUGACGAGUAUUAAUUAACAUAGCCAUUCAAAUAUCAAUCACUACACAAUGUAACAAUGGAAAUACUUAUAUCGUUACUAUAUAGAAAAAAGUACAUAAUAUGUGUAUCUUUAUA